ACAAUCACAUGCAUCAGGGACUGCAAGACAAAUUCACAGGGGUGGCAGAGGGCCCCUUUUCACACGUCAACAGGAGGAGGCCAUUUGCACCAUGGUAAUAGAAAACAAUGCAAUAAGACUAAGGGAGAUAAAAAGUGCCAUUAUAGAGGACAACAACAUCUUUCAAAACAUCCAAACAGUCAGCAUCUCAACCAUUGAUAGGGUGCUGAAAAGACACCAAAUGAAUAUGAAGCAGCUCUACACUGUUCCGUUUGAAAGAAAUGGUGAAAGAGUGAAGGAGCUGCGUUACCAAUAUGUACAGCGUAUAAUGGAACUGGAAGCAAGUGAACCACCGCACAGCUUCCUCUACAUGGAUGAAGCUGGCUUCAACCUAACAAAACGUAGAAGGCGUGGUCGAAAUAUCAUCGGCCACAGAGCUACAGUUGAUGUGCCAGGCCAACGGGGCGGAAUCAUAACCAUGGGUUGUGCAAUCGCUGAGAAUGGUGUGCUAACACAUAUUCCCAUUAUUGGGCCAUACAAUACAGAGCGUCUUGUCACCUUUUUAGACACUCUCUACAGGGAUCUCAUCCCUGAACAAGAGAGGGGUCAGAUUGGAGAUGACCUGCGAAAGUAUGUGAUCGUUUGGGACAAUGUCAGUUUCCAUCGUUCCAACAUCAUCAGGCAAUGGUUUGCUGCCCAUGACAGGAUGCUGAUGGAGUUCCUCCCACCCUACUCUCCAUUCCUUAACCCCAUUGAGGAAUAUUUCUCAGCAUGGAGAUGGAAAGUAUACGAUCGUCAGCCACAUACACAAAUUACCCUUCUGGCUGCCAUGGAUGCAGCAUGUGACGACAUCACAGCAGAUGCCUGCAGAGGCUGGAUAAGACACUCAAAAAGAUUCUUUCCACGCUGCAUUGCAAGAGAAGAUGUUCGUUGUGAUGUGGAUGAGAAUUUGUGGCCCAACAGACAGGAUCGUCAAGAGGUGUAGGAAGAUUGUAAUUCCUUAAUGUAAUUUCUACAGCACCGCAUGUACAGUUUUUCCUAUAUUCACAUUUCUUCAGGGUUUUUUUUGUGUGCUAUUCAGUGCUGUCUUUUCAUUUCUGUAUCUCAAUGACAUGUUCUGUCAAUAAAAUACAGUACAAACAGUAAGAGUGUAAAUUUGAAUCUUUUCCAUUCUCUUGCAAUUACACUCACACAUACACUAAGAUGUAACUUACAAUUGACAAUAAUUGUCAUCAAAACUUUAGCCAUAGUUUCCAUCAGAACAUCCCUCCAGAGUAAACUUUAAUAUUGACAACAUGACUAAACAAUUCUUAUCCGUACACAAUGACACAAGGACUUGUCAUUCUGAUGGCACUGACAUGUUCAUUGACACAGAUAUUUACUUUUGAGAGAUGAACUAAGGAUUUUGAGUAAGAGAGUGACUUUUGCAGGUUAUCCAUGGUGUUUUGCUAUUUGUACAAAUUGUUUUGAGAAAUGCACUUACUGUUUUGCAAAUUGUGAGUUGGAUUCGAGGAAAUGUACCAAAGCGACUGAGAAAAACUGUAAUGACUCCAAAGCAAGUCGUUUCAAUAAAACAAGGUGUUGAUUAUG